AUGUGUGUGGGAUUGAAUCAGGGCGAACUGGGCUGGCACUGUCAUAGAGAACCGCACAGAACUAAUACAAUAGCGAAACAUGGCUACUGAGACGAUAUCAGCCUGCACCGGAUCCAGCUUACUACAGCCAAUAAGCGAGAUAACCAACCUUCCAUUAGAUCAGAAACGCUAUUGUGGAUUUUUUUUUUUUCUCUUGCUAUUGAAGCAAAUGGGAUUUUAAAAAUAUUGUUGUAGUUUCAGUUCACCACUAUAGAAGAUUACAGAAGGGUCCAUUGGCGCAUUUAGCAUCUCAGCGGUGACAUUCACCACCUGAUGAAGUGAGAAGGCCUUUUUUCGCUUUCUCCGCAUCAGCUGAACUUGAUGAAUCUUCGGGAUAUUUCCAGCCAAGCCCAAGAACAGUCGUCUUGCCUCUCAGUCACACGUACAGAAAAAAAUCAGAUUUAUCUGCUGCUUAUCAGAAUCUGUUGGUUUGGCAAAUUCUCUGAUGUAGCUCUGGGGUGAUGGGGACCUCUGCUCAGGUUCCUCUGCACUGACACAAGAGACAAGGCACCAGGUAACCUGGACAUAAAGGAGACUAGGAAUGUAAUGAGACGCAUCAAGGAUCAUUAAUUAAAGAAGAUAGUGAGAGACAGAAAGAAAGAGAGGUCCAACUUUUCUGGCCAGCUUGCCUCAUAACAGCAACACGUCAACAUGGAGUUUUUGAUGGAGGUUUUGUGUGUGCUUCGUGUUUGUUGCAAGUGUGACCGAUGGACAGAUGGAACUGAGCAACAGGAAGUCUGCAAAGAAAGCAACAGAAGCUGGCAAACGAGUCUCUGUCAAAACUGAUUGAUGGUCCUUCAUCUGUCUGGAUUAUGUGAACUUCGUAGUAUGUCAGCUCUGUGCCCUGCUCACAGCCGUGUGGUUCAGGCUCUAUCUGCACCCCAGCAAGACAAGUCCUUUUGUGCGGCAUGUGGUGGCCACACUGCUGGGCAUCUACUUUGCCCUCUUCUGCUUUGGCUGGUAUGCGCUUCAUUUCCUUCUCCAGAGUGGCAUUACUUAUGGCAUAAUGAUUCUGACCGGAGUUGAGCACAUGCACAAAUACUGUUUGGUGGUCGCCCUGGGUUAUCUAAGCUUCUGCCAAAUCACCCGGGUUUACGUCUUUGAUUACGGCAUGUACUCUGCCGAUUUCACGGGGCCGAUGAUGGUUAUCACGCAGAAGAUUACCAGUGUGGCUUUCGAGAUCCAUGAUGGAAUGGCGAGGAAGGAAGAUCAGCUCAACCAGAGUCAAAAACUAUUGGCCAUAAGACGGAUGCCCAGUUUAUUGGAGUACUUCAGUUAUAAUUGUAAUUUCAUGGGCAUUUUGGCUGGUCCCACCUGCUCCUAUAAUGAUUACAUUGCCUUCAUUGAGGGCACCCCCUAUCGCCACAGAGAACUUGAGACCAAGGGAAAAGUCAAUGGGAAGAGCAGACUGAACGACCCAUCACCAAAUACAGAGGUCAUCCGAAAACUGGCCACCUGCUUCAUCUCACUGCUGGUCUUCCUCUCCGUCUGCAAAGUCUGUCCUGUGGAGCGUAACGUUGAUGAUGAUUUUAUUGCCACCACGCCCUUCUAUGCUCAGGUGGUCUACCUGUAUUUGUCCAUGCUGACCACCCGGCCUAAAUACUACUUUGUUUGGACUCUGGCUGAUGCCAUCAACAACGCAGCAGGAUUUGGCUUUAAUGGCUAUGACAGUGAUGGUUUGCCUCGAUGGGAUCUCAUUUCCAACCUAAGGAUCAUGAAUAUAGAGCUUGCCACCAGCUUUAAGGUAUUCCUGGAUAACUGGAACAUCCAAACUGCACAUUGGCUUAAAAGGGUGUGUUAUGAACGUUGUCCUUACAAUCCCACUGCUGCCACCUUCCUGCUGUCAGCCAUGUGGCAUGGAGCUUACCCAGGCUACUACCUCACCUUCCUCACUGGCAUCGUCAUCACUCUUGCAGCCAGAGCUGUGAGGCACAAUGUAAGACCGUAUUUCUUGGGUUCGCCAACUCACAAGUUUGUGUAUGAUGUCAUCACAUGGGCGGCUACACAGAUUGCCAUUUGUUACACAGUGGUUCCCUUUGUGCUGCUUUCUGUGGGCCCCUCGCUUAAGUUCUACAGGUCAUGGUACUUCUGCAUCCACAUAGGCUGUAUACUGCUAGCCAUUGCACUGCCUGUGAAACCACGCCACCUGCGACUGAAAGAGCAACAGUCUGCUGUACAACCGAGCCUGGAGAGCACAGACAGCAACAGCAACCAGAAACCAAAAGCCUCAUGAGUCCUGGAACACCUUACCAAACUUCUCUACACACACAGACUGGGCAAAUGUACCUAUUUUCCAGCCACACAUGAAGAGAGUCAAAUAAACUAAAGCUCACAAAUAAACCAACCAACCAGCCUUUGUCUGGACUGAUAGAGUAAGUCGUCUCUUGGCUCAGUAUAGUGGUACUGGGAUUCGACAGUGAUUUGAGAUGAUGGAAUCAAAUCCGACUUCUAUAAGAAGAGUUUUAUUGCCAAGAAAACACUGUUGUAUAGAAUUAUGUGACCUUGCCUUUAUAAUCCCACUUGUCACAGCAAGUAUUAGUGUCCUAACCUGGUGGUCUUGUAUCAGGCUGUAAAUAGGAUUUUCUUGCAAGAGACAAGGCCAAUAUCACUUGCAGAAAGCAGGCAAUAUUAUAUUUGAGUUUUCAUGUGGUAGGGGUAAAAAUAAAUAUGGCUAACUAAACUAAAAGGAAAAAUAAUAAUGGAUUUAUUGAAAAAAGGAAGUUUAAAGAAUGCAGGAUGUCUGUGCAAAAAAAAAAAAGAAAAAAAGUUUAAAUAAUGUUCACAAAAUAGAAAUUGGUUCUUUUUCCAAGUCAGAAAGUCUGAAUUGAGAUUUAAUUCCAUGGCUGCACCAUUUAAAAACUGGGCUCUUUGUUGUCGAUGUUAUGUUUGUUAUGGUCUGUUGUAACGUCUUGUCCAUUUAGUCUUCACAUAAAACUCUGAAAGUUACACAUAAUACAUUCCACUCUAAAGACCAGAGAUUCUUUUCUCAUAAAUGAAAGUAUUUCUCAGUCUAAACUGGGAAUUUUGGAAUGUUAGAGUAAUGUCCAGCAAAAAGAAAAAAAAAAAGAAAAAAAAAAGGAUAGUACUGUUAAUUGCAUGACUUUUUCGAGUCAGGCAGGCAGUGAUUCUGUAUGCACAGUAAUGCACAUUUUGUAUGGCAUCAGUCAGCUUCAAAGUUUGGCCUGCUUAAGGUUGGAAACGAAGCUGAUGUUUGUGUUAAAGUUUAAUGAAAUGAUAGAGGAUGUCCACUGGAUUUGUUUGAACCGUAUUAUGUUCUCUGUGUGGAUCUGGUACGUUUGUUUUUUGCAAAUUAUGUGAUUAAAAGGUCUUUUUACUA